UCCCGGGGGCGGGACCCGAGGUGGGGGCGGUCCCGGUGCCGAUCCCCGUUCCUCCGCCGCCAGCCCAGCCAUGCCGUUCCCCGCCGCGCUGCUGCUCCUGGCACUGCUGCUGCCGCCGCCGCCGCUCUCCCUCGCCGCCGAGAGCGAAACCGAAACCGGCACCCGGGAGCUACGUCUGGAAACGAUCGUGCCCCCUCCCGAGGGCUGCACGGAGCUGUCGGCGCCGGGGGACACGGUGCACAUCCACUACACGGGCAGCCUGGAGGAUGGCCGGGUCAUUGACUCCUCGCUGAGCCGGGACCCCCUCCAGGUGGAGCUGGGCAAGCACCAAGUCAUUCCUGGUCUGGAGCAGAGUCUGCUGGACAUGUGUGUGGGGGAGAAGCGCAGAGCCAUCAUUCCCCCUCACUUAGCCUAUGGCAAGCGGGGAUCCCCCCCCACCAUCCCAGGUGACGCUGUGCUGCGGUUCGAGGUGGAGCUGGUGGGGCUGUCCCGGGCCAGUUACUGGCAGAAGGUGGUGAACGAGGUGGUGCCACUGCUGUGCCUGGGGCUGGUGCCAGCACUGCUGGGGCUCAUUGGGUUCCACCUGUACCGCAAGGCCAGCAGCCCCAAGCUCUCCAAGAAAAAGCAGAAGGAGGAGAAGAGGAACAAAGCCAAAAAGAAAUAAAACCUCUCCCUCGGCA